AUGCAAGCACAAACUCGUGCGCGCAUCCUCGCGCAAGCCUACACUGCACUCGCGCUCCUACUGACCAUGCUAAACACGGCCGCCGCCCACCGGCCGGCGAGCCACAAACCCCUGGUCCACCCACAUGACUCCGACCAGACCAUGACACUCUACACCACCGCCGGAGCUACGCCGGCGGAAACCGUCGUUCCUUCAUCACAACACCCAAUCUUCACCGGUCACGGCCCAAUCGGUCACCACUCCGGUGGCUGGCUGCACCUCCUGACGCAGCCGGGAGCGCUCCAGCCCGGCGCGGCGGCCGUCGUCGACGAGCAGUUCCACGGCAAGAAAGAGUUCGGGCAGCCCCUGGCCGGGAAGCUGCGGGGAGUCCUUGUCACCGGCUUGGGGGACAACGGCGUCCGUAUUGUGGCAGUGACGGCCUCGUUCGCCGGCGACGGUGAGGAGGAUAGCCUCAGGUUCUUUGGGGUUCAUCGCGACGACCAGAAAGAGUCUCACGUCGCGGUGGUCGGAGGGACGGGACGGUACGACGGCGCCACCGGAUUCGCUGUUGUCAGAGCAGCUGAUGCGCACGAAACUAGCAGAGAUGGCAGCUCGAGCGGGGUUCUCAGUUUCAGGGUGCAUCUCAAGUAG